AUGGCUCCGAGACGUUCCGCCAGAGUCAGCGCGGCGGCGUUGAAGGAGGCCAGCAAGAUAGAGACGCCAACGGAUAUAAAGCAAAAGACAGAGAAGCCAAAGGAACUAAAGAAGAAAGGAGGCAUCACCAAGACGAAAAGCGAGCCAAAGACGCAGAAGAAGACGGUCACUGCUGCCAAAAAGAAGGCGAUAGCUGCUGCUAUUGCAGAUGUCGAUGUCGACGUCGACGUAACACCGUCAACGCCAAAACGCAACCAGAAAACAUCAGACUCUUCUAUCCAGAGACCUACUGACGUGCCACCGUCACUCCCACCACCAUUCGUCACUCCUCGUCGCACUGCUAACAACGCACCAGACCUGAACCGGCCCAUCGACCCGCAUCGUACUACGGCAACCCUCCUCACCCCGCGCGGCUCCCACAUAACAGCCUACCCUGCAGACAUAGCCGAUGCAUCACCAUCAAAGACCGGUCUCCCCCGCCCAACUACAACAGUCGGGAACCUGCUGGACGAUGCAAUUGCCCAUCUCCUCAGCGUCGACACCAGGAUGAAGGCCGUCAUCGACAAGUUCCCGGAUGCACCAUUCAAACCAGCUGAUUUGGCAGUUGAGAUAGACCCCUUUCAGGCACUGGUUAGUGGAAUCAUUGGACAGCAGGUGUCCGGUGCAGCUGCAAAGUCAAUCAAGAAGAAGUUUAUAGCACUGUUUAAUCCCGACUCUGCCAAUGGUAGUGAGGAUGAUGGUGAUAAGCAGCAGGACGGGGAAGGUGACAGUGCCUCAGAUGCGGGAACACGGUAUAAUCGUGUUCCCUUCCCUAGUCCGCAGCAGGUAGUAACUUUUGAUCUACCUACUCUGCGCACUGCAGGCCUCUCCCAGCGUAAAGCAGAAUAUAUCCAUGGUCUGGCUGAGAAAUUUGCUUCGGGGGAGCUAUCUGCUCGCAUGCUUUUGACGGCUACCGAUGAAGAGGUGCUUGAGAAGUUGAUUGCCGUGCGAGGACUGGGGAAGUGGUCUGUCGAGAUGUUUCUGCUCUUUGGGCUAAAGAGGAUGGACGUCUUUUCCACUGGUGAUCUGGGUGUUCAACGAGGUAUGGCGGCAUAUGUUGGCCGUGAUAUCAGCAAGUUGAAAGCGAAGGGCGGCGGUAAGUUUAAAUAUAUGGCUGAGAAAGAUAUGGUAGAGAUUGCGGCGCCUUUUUCACCGUAUAGAAGCCUCUUCAUGUGGUAUAUGUGGAGGUGGGAGAACGUAGAUGUUGCCGUUAUGCAGGCAUGA